AUGGAGCCGGGCCGGGGCCUGCGCUGCACCGCCCCGGGGCGGAGCCGCCCGCCCGUCCGCCCGCCCGCGACGGGCCCGAGCGGCCGAGCACGACCCCGGGCCCGAUCGAUCGACCGACAGACCGCGACGGGCCGGGGCCGCCCGACCGACCGCCUCUCACGGCUCCGCAUAGCCCGGCAUGGCCCGGCACAGAGCACGGACCGGGGCAGCGGCACCUCCUGGGCCCGACCGCCCCGCACGGCCCCACCGCCCCGGGCCCUCACGGCUCCGCACGGCCCGGCACCCAGCACAGACCGGGGCAGCGGCACUGCCCGGGCACUGCCCGGCCGGGAUCCGGAAAAGCCUCAACCUUUCGAGUGCUUUUUUGGACUAAAAACUCCCAGGGCGGGGUGACACUGGUGGGAGCCGCGCACACAACGGCCAGCUCGGACAGAAUCAACCUCUGGUGAGACUGCUGAGCCGCCCCGCUGCCCGUUACCGGCAACACAGACCCUCGAGAACCCUUCUCUGGCGCUAAGAGUUUCCGCUCUUCGGGAGAGCGCGGCGGACACCGCCCGAAGGAGGGGUUCCCGAGCCCGGGAGGCGUCCCCGAGAUUCGGGCCCAGAAUGCGGCAGAGGGCGGUGCACCCCGAAGAGCUCGCGCGCCGCACGAGCGCUCCGCCCCUCACUAUCGCCCAUUGGUCGCCAGCCCUCCCGGCACCCAAUCACCUCCCCGCCUGGUGCGCACUCCCUCCGCCGCCGCUUCCGC